UGUAACAUUACUAAUAUUAUAGUAAAUGCAAUAAAGAAUUGAAUUGAAUUGAAAACGAUGGAGUCAACAAGUGCUGGUGGUGUGGUUCUUGGAGGUUUUUCGCUGUUGUGAAAUAAAUAUAAAUCUCGUUUUUCUAGGUGGCUUUUAAAUAUACAAGUUUAUUUUAUAAUUCACGUUAAAUAAAACAUAGAAACAUAUUUCUAAACACAGAACAUAAUACGAGCCCACGAAAUAAUUUUCCAAUUUUUAAAAUUUCACAAUUUUUCGAGAUUCUUUCCGGAAAAAUUUCUACUAUUUGAAAUUUUUCGGAAAAUUAUGCAACAGUAGGGAGCGAUUUUUACCUAGUGAAAAUCGCUCCGAGAGUUCAUAGCGUUAGCCUAGUCUUUUUUACUUGGCUAUGUUUUGACACCUGUCAAAUUGCUUUUUAUAAUAAUCAGAGUUCCCCUGCUGAGCUCAGCUGAUUUUGUUUGUUUGACGUAAAUUGAUUACAAGAGAUGUUUUAACUGUAUUAUAAAUCUCGUAAAUCGUAAUAAUAAUGUUGAGUUAUCGAAUAUCUAGGCAUACAUCAUGUAUGUUGUUAACACGAUACACGAGUACUACAUCAGAAAGUAAGUCAAUUCAGCCGCCUAACCCGAAGAAAAUAAGCACCGACAUGAUCGGUCCACCAGACCCUGCGUCUAAUCUGCGAAGAAUAAUAUUUAAACAAUCAGUGAAUGAGACAGAAUUGGAAAAGAAAUACAGAGAAAUGAGGGCGGAGGUGCAAGAUUGGAAUCAGAAUUUUUGGACGCAACACAAUUCCCGAUUUUAUCAGGAAAGGGAGAAAUAUUUAAAGAAAAACCUACCAGAAGGGAAACAAAGCCUCACAGCAGACGAAAUGAGUAUCUUCUACAAAGCUUUCCUAGAUAAAAAUUGGAAAACACAUUUACAAUACAAUCUAGAAUGGUACAGAAAGAAUGUAAUAUUGUUAGGUCUCGCUAUUCAAGUUAAACUUAAGAAAUUAUUUAGAUUAAAGGAUUAA